ACAAAUCACCUGUGGACAGCACUGAUCGUCUUCCCAGGAAGCAGAACCAGUCUCCACAUCUUCACUUGCAUGUCGGAACGCCAGUACGAAAUGCAGUACUUGGGUGAACCUGCAGCCCAUUGCAAACUGAUGCCUCGCUCACUAACAGGCAGUGUAUCUGCCUUGUCCACUACAUCUCGAAUCUCAAGGGUCUCCCAUGCAACAACAAUAAGAUCCGUUGCAACGCUCACAAACACAUUGCAUACAAAGACAGGCAUAUCUAUUCCAAUUCUUUCAAAUGCUGUUAUUACAAAUGUCCAGCGAGGGUCGGUUAUUGCUGCUACUUAUUCCAUUUUUGAAGGAGUCUUCGCUAUAGUCACUGGCAUUUUUGACAUCUAUGCUCUUUCCCUUGCUGCUCCUGGCUCCAGUCAUUAUGGUUUUUACCUCUUCUCAUAUGAUUUUGUAUACACUGGAAAUGAACAUGUUCGCAACUCUCUCAUGCUUUUUGGUGGCAUUACAGCCUUAGGAGGGGUUUGUCUCAUAGGAUGCAGCGUUGUGUUGCUUCAGGGGCUACGAAAGGAAAUUGAAAUGCGUUUGGAACCAUGGAUAUGGUGCAUGGCCAUAUUCACUGUUUGGCGAGGACUGAUCAUCACCUAUUCAUCAGUUGUCAAUGAUAUGGUAUUUUCAUAUCAUAUUUUGAUGUGCCUGUUUUGGCUUUCAUUCAUUGCUGGGAACAUUUUCGCUUGGCUUGUUGUCCACUCGUUCUACCAUGAACUCUGUGAGGUCACUCGUUUGGAAGAUGUGGCCAGAGUCAAGAUGGACACAAUGAGCACCAUGGGGUACAGCUCACGACCCACAACUCCUGGUGCACGUUCAACUCUUUCUACUCAGUCAGAUUAUAAAGUGUAGUUCAGUUUUCUAACUGAAUAUGUCUCAUUUUAGAUGGAAACAAUGAGUUCUUUCACAGCCUCACGACCUACCACACCUGGUGCAAGGUCAGAGGUGUCUUCCAAGAUGAUUCCAUAAUUUUUUUUCAUUAUGGCAUGUAUUUACCAUAAAAGAAAUUAUUUUUAUAAAAAGGCUUGUAGUAUUGGAAUUAUACAUCUAAAACACUAAAUAAAAUAUUUUUGCUCUUAAAGAACAGUUGUUAUAUAAAAACAGUAUUGUUAAAUAAAUCUUGUGAAAAAAUGUGUGAAGUAUUACACAGUAACAAGCUGUGGUAAAUGGAGUACAUAAAUGGUUUCAGAAACAGAAAGAACAUACAGGGAAUAUUAUAAAUCUACACUACCUUAUAUUAGAAUGGUUAAGUUAUUAUAAGUUGACAUUAUAAAAGUUUCCUGUUAUAAUGAAAGGCUUUUCAAAGUAUCACAAUAAUUUGAUGUGUCAACUUGAAAUUACUUAAAUUAUUUUUCUACAAUGACAUCAUAUUUCUCAGCUUUCAUAUUGCAGGGUAAGAUAGAUUCAGGAAUUUGUAUAUGGCCAUUUCAUUAUCUCUAUGACAUUCCAACCUCUUUGUAGUGGUGAGAGCAGCAAGUGCCUCUUGGAUAAUAUUUCAGGAAUCUCAGUUGUUAUUAAGUGUUAUUAAUUUGGAUUCCACUUUACUUUGUUCCAGCUUUAUAAGACAUAUCCAUAGUUCUUUGCUUUUUAUGUUGUGAAUUUUUAUAUGGAGGUUAUUAUUAUAAUUGUGUGCACAAAAUAACUAGUAGGAAGUGUUUUGCAGUACAGAUAUAUUUAUCAUUGAAUAUACAGUAAUCAGAAACUUUUAUUCAGUAUUCAAGUUUAAUUCCAAAUAUAAACUUUUGUAAAUUUCACCCUGUAUGUAUCAGUAUUAUGUACUGAUACAUACAGGGUUUCAGGUUACCAGAAUUAGGUAUGUUGUCAAUAUUUUUAUGGUAAAAAUUUAGCCUCCUAUUUUGAUGUAACAUCAUUAUGCACAAUUAGAUAGAGAAAAAAUGCAUUUCAGGAUAUACCAGAUCAGAUGUAUCGGUAGACUGAGAAUAAUUGCAAAGAAAAUAUUUUGGAAUUAUACUGUAUUUUACGGUUUUAUUUUGAGAAACAGAAUGUCACUAGUUUAAUAAUUAGUGCAAGUGCAAGUACGUAGUUAUUUUAUUGCAUUUAACCAUUUUAAAGUUAGAACAAUACCUGUGUUUACUUUUUUUUUUCCACAUUAUGAGUUAUCUUAAACAAUUCGCUUCUACGAGUCUGUACUGAUGAAUGUAUAGUAAUACACUUUUGAAAGUAUCUUAAAUUAAGAAGCAAAUUUUAUGCAAUACUUUGUACUGUUGCAUAGUUUUCUCCUUUGCUCAAACUCUCAUGAAAGUUGUAUAUACCUGCAGUAUAAUUUUGUGCUUUUUCCAAAAUGCUACUUAUGCACAGAAACACAUCUACAAUGUUUGUUGUCAUUUCAAUAUGAAUUUCAGUUUCAUGUUUUCAUGUUAUUAAGUAAAGUGAUAUUCAAAAAGCAAGUAUCUGUGGAUUGUGUAGUCUCAAUGUAGCUUUGAAAGUGUAGCUAUUAUUCUUUUAGGCUCACUCCUAGGUCCAUAGAAUAGGACAGCAGUGUAUUCAGUGGCACAUUACCAUUUUAUAUGUAUGAAGGUACCCUUGGUAAGUUGCUGUUUAUCUCUGUCAUGUGAUUGGCAUAUUUUGAAAUCCUGUUGUUUUAAUUUCAGUUUCUCCCAAGUUUCAAAGAUAGGCAGUGAUUAAGUUUUGCUGUUGCUAUGUUUGCUUUAAUUUUUUUCCUUAGGAUGUAGCAAGCAGUAGUGAAUAACAUAGAAAAGAUAUUUUUCUAAAUACGUACUGUACUUAGCAGUUUUGGAAUUAAAAUUACUUCAGUGUUAUUGCCACAGAGAAUUCAGAGCCUUACUGAGUAUUGCCAGUAAAGUGAAUUGAAGGUUUUUGUACAGUUAUAUGUUGUCAGUAACUAAGGAUUUUACUUCUAGUUAGUUGAAAAAUCCUUAUGUAGCUUUAUUUACAAUAGUACACUAUAAUUUUUACAUAAAAAGUCAUGAUUCCUGCAGCCACUGUUUCAUGUGAGUUAUUUCGUAAAAGUUCAGCAUUUAUUAAUGUGCUUUUUGGGUUUUAAGACUUUUCCACCUGAAAAAGCCUUCUUUUUUACUAUAAAGUAUUGGUAAAGUUAAUUACUGUUGUAAUUUAGUUGGAAUUUCAGUAAUAUAUUUUUACGGUAGUAGCGUGUUUUGAAGUGACUAAGCAAAAGCAACACCAUUUUGCAUUCUUGAAUGUAGUGUUAAACUGCAGCUGAUGUACUGGGAGUUGGAUGUAAACACACUAAAUGCCGCAUGGUGGCAAGUACAAGUUGUGUCUGAUGUGAAUAGGCAUGAAAUUGUACAAAACUAGGUAUCCCAAAAUUUUGUGCUCUUCAGGGUCACAGAACGGUGUGUAAGGUUUAGAGGGUCAAGAGUUAUCCUUGGAAUUUCAGUUUUGGUAGGACAGGCACCCCAGCUAAGUUGAAUUUAUACCACUUUAGUUGAUUUUAUACAAGUUUGGUAUAGUAACCACAAGCUUUUGAUAAUAGGUCCAAAGUGAUAAUUUGCUGCAAACAAAAGAUGGAUACACCAUAGGAUUAGAUUCUUGGAUUUAAACAUUUGCCUCCACAUCAGAAAAAGGUUGAAGGUAAUUAUUUUUGUUACGAAUCUGAUUGUGAAUACUAGUUCAAAUUUAGAAAAAAUUCCGUCCAGUAUCAUGGUUGUUGCAGAUACUAGUAAUAAUAGUCCGUCCACUAAAGAAACACUUCUUCCAUGAAGUGUUUAUCCUUCUAAUUUUGUACAUUCAUUAUUAAUUAUAAAAUAACAUAAA